AUGUGGUCAAAUUUCGCGUCACUGGUCGACCCGAGAAGUUUUCAGCAGUCAUUUCAUCUAUCUAUCUAUUUAUCUAUCUAUCUAUCUAUCUAUCUAUCUAUCUAUCUAUCUAUCCUUGUCUCUUCACGAUUAUUUUCGGUUAACGUACAUCUUCUUGGUUCUUUCUUUUUUGAUACCGUUCUUUCCCUUUGGCAUCUAUCUAUCUAUCCUUGUCUCUUCGUUAUCUAUCUAUCUAUCUAUCUAUCUAUCAAAAUUUACUAUAUUUAUCAGGGUAGUGUGGUCAAUAUCGUAGUAUAUCCAUAUCUAUUUAUCUAUUUCUUUAUAUUCAUAUCUAUCUAUCUAUCUAUCUAUCUAUGUGUGCUCUGCAUCUAUUGUGCAUAUAGUUUUCAUAUCUAUCUAUCUAUCUAUCUAUCUCAUCUGUUCAUAUCUGUCUAUUUAUCUAUCUAUCUAUCUAUCUAUCUAUCUAUCUCAUUUGAUCACAUCUAUCUAUCUAUCUAUCUAUCUAUCUAUCUCAGUCUGUUCACAUCUAUCUAUCUAUCUAUCUAUCUAUCUAUCUAUCUAUCUCAUUUGAUCUAUCUAUCUAUCUAUCUAUCUAUCUAUCUAUUCAUCUAUCUAUCUAUCUAUCUAUCUAUCUAUCUCAGUCUAUUCAUUUUUGUCUGUCAGUCUGUUCAUACCUAUCUAUCUAUCUAUCUAUCUAUCUAUCUAUCUAUCUAUCUAUCUAUCUAUCUCACUCAUGACGUAAAUGAACAAGGAUUUUUUUUUGCCUCUCCUCGAUACGGCAAAUCGUCUUUUACAGGAAUUCUUUGCUUGUUUCACCUGCCGUCGCUUCUAUAA